CGGACUUCCUUUCAGUCCGUCAGGUUAAAGCAGCACCCCGUCAGUCUGAAUCSAGUGGUAUYAACUGACAAGAGUUUGAGGGGUGUUUCGUAGCUGAGGAUGUGGACUAAAGGACAUUGUCCAAAGGCCAGGCAGGUAGCGAAGACGGCCACCAGACUGUGGUCCAGCAAGCGUCCAGAACCGUCCCGCCCUGUCCCUUCUGCUCAGCUGCGGCCACAAGACUACGUACGAAGACGCAGGCAAGAACGGGAAGAGAAUAUUCUGUCAGCUCAACAUAAUAAAGUUGGAGAUCAAACAUUAAACUGGAGUGAAAUACCGAAAGUAGCAUACACGGCUCAAACACCUGCUGGGACAAAGAAAGAUACCAGCUUGCCUUUCCCAUCUGCAUACUGUCCAGAUUAUGUGGAGUCCUGCUGGUAUCAGUGGUGGGAGAAAGAGGGAUUUUUCAAUCCUGACCAACAUGAGAGAUUGCCUCAUCGUGUGGAUCAGACGUUUUCUUUAUGUAUUCCUCCGCCAAACGUGACCGGUACUCUUCACCUGGGCCAUGCUCUAACUGUAGCUGUGCAGGACGCUCUGGUUCGAUGGAGAAGGAUGCAGGGUCACAGAGUUCUGUGGGUGCCUGGAUGUGACCAUGCUGGAAUUGCAACUCAGUCAUUAUUGACAGACUAUUUUCAUCGACAGUUUUUUUCUUGGACCUCUUUCCUCUUGGACCAGCCGGAGAGCACUGGUUUUAGCAGAGCUGUAACUGAGGCUUUUGUCAGACUGUGUGACUCUGGUCUUAUUUACCGCUCAGAGGGUUUGGUCAACUGGAGCUGUGCUCUUCAGUCUGCAAUCUCUGACAUAGAGGUGGAGACCAAAGAUGUUUCUGGACCAACCUUAAUGUCUGUCCCUGGAUAUGAGAAAAAGGUGGAAUUUGGAACAAUGUUCAGCUUUGCAUAUCCUGUCGAAGGCCAUGCAUGCCUGGACUCUCCAGGAUGGACCAGUCUGAACUCUGCCCCCACUUUCCAUGGACUAUUGUGUAAACAUCCUUUCACCAACAAGCUCAUCCCCAUCAUCACAGAUACAAUGGUGGACAUGGAUAUGGGAACAGGUGCUGUGAAGGUGACUCCUGCUCAUGACUUUAUGGACUUCCAUCUGUCACAGAAGCAUUCUCUGCCCCGCCCUUCGGUCAUCAGAGGAGAUGGGACUAUGGAGCCAGUGUGUGGACAGUGGUUGGAGGGUGUGAAGCGGUUUGAUGCCAGGCAGCUGGUUGUGAACGCUCUUGUUGAAAAGAAACUUUUCAGAGGAAAGAAGAAUCACACCAUGACUUURCCCAUCUGCAGUCGCUCAGGAGACGUCAUUGAACCACUUSUAAAAAAGCAGUGGUUUGUCCGAUGUGAUACAAUGGCUAUGAAAGCUAUAGAGGCUGUAGAGGAUGGCCAGUUAGAAAUCAUCCCUCACUACUACACCAAGAUGUGGAAGAACUGGCUGUCCAGCAUCAGUGACUGGUGCAUAUCCAGGCAGCUUUGGUGGGGUCAUCAGAUCCCUGCUUACCAAGUACAGCUUCCCAAUUCAACAACUGAAGAAGAGGAGCUUUGGGUUUGGGGGAAGAGUGAAGAAGAGGCCCGACAAAGAGCCGCUGUAAAAUAUGGAGUGAACCCAGAACACAUCACUUUGCGACAGGACCCCGAUGUUCUGGAUACGUGGUUCUCCUCAGCACUGUUUCCUUUCACCAUGCUUGGCUGGCCAGAAAAGACCCCUGACCUCCAGCGCUUCUACCCCAACUCUCUUCUGGAGACUGGCAGUGACCUCAUCUUCUUUUGGGUUGCUAGGAUGGUGAUGUUGGGAUCUGAACUGACUGGACAGCUACCAUUUAAACAGGUUCUGUUUCACUCCCUGGUACGAGACAAAUAUGGCAGGAAGAUGAGUAAAUCUCUUGGAAAUGUCAUUGACCCAUUAGAUCUAAUGCAUGGAGCCACUCUCCAGAGGCUUCAGGAGAAAGUGAAGSAAGGAAACCUCGAUCCAAGGGAGCAACUAGUUGCUCUGAAAGCACAGAGUUCAGACUAUCCUACUGGAAUACCCCAGUGUGGGACAGAUGCUCUGAGAUUUGCCCUUUGCUCCCACAACAUGCAGGGUGGACACAUUAGUUUGUCCGUAUCUCAAGUUGUUCUCUACAGAAACUUCUGUAAUAAAAUGUGGCAGACCCUGAGAUUCACAUUGGGAGUUGUUGGUGAUAAUAACACACCUGUGGGAACACUUGAAGAGACAACUCCUCUGAGCAGCAUGGAGCGGUGGAUCUGUUCCAGACUCUACAGCACAGUUGUACAAUGUGAGCAGGCGUUUGAAGCUUAUGAGCUGCAUAAUGUCACGUCUGCUCUCUUCUCCUUCUGGCUGUACAACCUGUGUGAUGUUUACCUGGAAUCCGUGAAGCCGGUGCUGAAGCAGAAUGAGGGAGUUGAGGUCCUGACAGACAAAGACCUCAGCAGCAACACGAAGCAGGAGGCCAGAACGGUUCUCUAUCACUGUGUGUCUUUGUCUCUGGCUCUGUUCUCCCCCUUCAUGCCCUUCAUCACUGAAGAGUUGUGGCAGAGACUACAACCAUUCAGACCCGGAGCCAUGGCCCAAACCAGCUUGUGUUUGCAGCCCUACCCCCGAUCCACUCAGCUGGCUCACUGGUAUUUUCCUGAGGAGGAAAAAGAUUUCCUGCUGGUUCAGAAUGUUGUCCGAGUGGCACGUUUUCUGCGAGCCCAGUGUGGCCUAGUUAAAGAACGACCUAUCAUGUGGGCCGUGUGCUCACCAAGCCAGGCCCAGAUACUUCUUCACUUUGGCUCAGCUGUUUGGACUUUAAGUCAAAUCUCAAGCCUCCAGAUCUACUGUCCAGAUCAAGAUGGCCACCUUCCCUCCGUCAACUCCACUCCUCCACCUGCAGGAUGCCUCGUUGGUGUGGUGGACCACACAUGUCAGCUACACCUUCACAUCCAAAGUGCAGUUGACAUUGACCAGCUGAUCCGGCAUCUCUCUCAGCGGAAAGAUACGCUUCUUCCGAAGCUGGAAAAAAGUCUUUGCAAACUUCAGACUUCCAACAAUCCAACCAAGACUCCGGCAGAUAUCAGGCAGCAGAUGGAGAAUAAGGUUUCAGUUUUGCAGCAGGAAUUAAAGACCAUUGAAGAUCGGAUAAAAGUUCUUGAGGAGACACAGUCAAAGGGAUAACUACAGCUGAAGGACGUCCUUGAAGACAUCACAGCUCGUCUAUUUGUUGAUACUGCUACUUGAGUCAAAGAUGUCCAAAGCAUCUUGCCUUUCAGCACUGUAAAAUACAGCAAGAAAAUUAUGGAUUUUGUUAAGAAAAUAAAUUAUGAAAACCUCUGGCUCAUA